UAAAAUCUCUUUGUGGCUUGGAAGCCUCCCAAGUUCCUGCAGAGGAAGCUCUUUCUGGGGCUGGUGAGCCCUGUGACAUCAUUGACAGCAGCGAUGAGAUGGAAGCCCAGGAAGAAAGCAUCCGUGAGAAAAAUGUCUUGAGAAAAAAGAAAAGCAAGAGGCACAAAGAAAACCUGGAUGGGGCUGGAGGAGAAGAGUAUCCCAUGGAUAUUUGGCUAUUGCUGGCCUCCUACAUCCGUCCUGAGGACAUUGUGAAAUUUUCCCUGAUUUGUAAGAAUGCCUGGACUGUCACUUGCACUGCUGCCUUUUGGACCAGGUUGUACCGAAGGCACUACACGCUGGAUGCCUCUCUGCCUUUGCGCCUGCGACCAGAAUCAAUGGAGAAGCUGCGCUGUCUUCGGGCGUGUGUGAUCCGAUCUCUGUACCAUAUGUAUGAGCCGUUUGCUGCUCGAAUCUCCAAGAACCCAGCCAUUCCAGAAAGCACUCCCAGCACAUUAAAGAAUUCCAAAUGCUUACUCUUCUGGUGCAGAAAGAUUGUUGGGAACAGACAGGAACCAAUGUGGGAAUUCAACUUCAAGUUCAAAAAACAGUCCCCUAGGUUAAAGAGCAAGUGUAUGGGAGGAUUGCGGCCUCCCAUUCAGUAUGAAGAUGUUCACACCAACCCAGACCAGGACUGCUGCCUCCUGCACGUCACCACCUUCAAUUUCAUCUUUAUUCCAAUUGUCAUGGGAAUGAUAUUUACCCUGUUUACUAUCAAUGUGAGCACAGACAUGCGGCAUCACCGAGUGAGACUGGUGUUCCAAGAUUCCCCUGUCCAUGGUGGUCGGAAACUGCGCAAUGAACAGGGUGUGCAAGUCAUCCUGGACCCAGUGCACAGCGUUCGGCUCUUUGAUUGGUGGCACCCGCAGUAUCCAUUCUCCCUGAGAGCGUAGUUACUGCGGUCCAUCCCUUGGGGCAGCCCUGAGUCUAGUCCAUUAGUAAUCAGAUUCCAAUUUGGAGGGGUGGCUGGAUUGUAUAUCUGGUUAGUAAUGCACAUGCUCUUUAGGUUCCUGGGGCUCCUGUUAGGGAGGAAGAAGGGUUGAAUCCAGAGGAAAAACAUCUAUGAUUUAUAAACAUAUUUUAAUGUAAAAAAUUUGCAUUUGAAAGUCGAAACCUGGCCCUGUUUUCUGUGUUAAAAUCCCAUUUGGUGCUAUUGAGUUUGUUGUUCUUUAUUCUUUUAUCCCAGCAAAAAUGGAUGAUCUUGCUCUAGGGAAAAAUUCAAACUUCUAAAUCUUCAAACAAGUUCCAGUAUCCUCUUAUAGAUCAGAAAAACUCAGAGGCCUAACAUUGUCUGCUGUUGAUUUCAGUUUAGCUGUCCCUCAAAUCUGAAUGAAUCUUUUCUCCUCUUACCCUUCUCCAGAAAUAAAGCAGGUGACAGGGUUUUCAGAAUCUA